AGGAAUAUCUCAUGGACAACUGAUCUCAAUUUUUCUAUCUGUAGACUUGGUAUUAUGUCCAGCGAGAGCAUAUAGUAAAAUUGAGUAUCCAGAUGUUUUACUUCCUGUACAAACUUAAUAUUCCUAAUAGAAUAAACGAUAUAGAUUAAGAGAAUGGACCUGCAUUACAAUUCUGAUUGAAUAACAUUAGUGAUCUCCAGUGUGAGUGGUCUGUUAAUUUUUAAAAUCUAGUAUUUAAGAAAAAAACAAAAAAUGACGGCUAGUGAUGAUAUACUGGACGAUAUACUUCUUCAAAUGGGAGGAAUAGGAAAGCAGCAAGUGAUCAUUCUUUUUUGCUUAGCUUCAAUAAUUGUUCUUCAUUCUGCGACACAUAUAGCUUAUGUCUUCACAUCCAUGGAUUCUGAUCAUAGGUGUUUAAUUCCAGAAUGUGAAGACGAAAUAACUGCCAAUUCAGAUUUGCUGAGGCAUUUGCUUCCUUUCAACCAUCACAACAAACCAGUGAAAUGCCUGAUGUACAGUAAAGUGAUGGAUAAUGCCACCUUUGGCAAUUGCUCAUCGUCAGCCUUCAAUGAGUCCCUUACUGUUCAAUGCUCUACUUUUCACUUUUAUGACGAGGAUUUUUACCUAGCCAGAGAAUUCGACCUUUUAUGCGAUGAUAAAAAAUGGGCCCUAAGUCUUGUGGGUACCACGAACACAGUGGGAAUGUUUCUAGGAUUGACGAUAACUGGUUUCAUUUCAGAUAAAUUUGGAAGAAAACGAUUACUUCUCAUUGGAAUGAGUGCUUGUGGAAUUGUUGGAUUGGUGAAGACGCUCUCACCAUCCUUCCGUUGGUUCCUGCUCUUCGAAUUAACGGAAGCAAUCUUCAGCGCUGGGACCUGUGGAUGCGUUUUCAUCAUGGGUGUGGAACUAGUGGUACCGCAAAAAAGAGCCCUCGUAGGUACAAUCCUCAAUACCUGUUAUACAAUAGGGGAGAUUUUGAUAGCUGUUAUAGCAUGGUGGUGCAAAUCUUGGAGGUAUCGAACAGUUCAUAAUGCGACUGAUAAAGCGUUAGAAAAAUUAAGAAUCAGAACAAUGAUUUAUCUAUCUUAUGGACCAUGCUCUUUUCUCAUCCUCCUCUACUGGAUUCUCCCAGAGUCCCUCAGAUGGAUGCUGAGCAAGGGAAAAAUAGAGCAAUCGAAGAAGGCGCUUCGCUCAAUGGCAUUGCUCAACGCCAGGCAUCUACCCGAAGACACGCUAAAUAAGCUGGAGCGAGCCACUUCCAUCGUCCCAACUUCCGUCCAUUUUUCCGAUAUCAUGAAGUCUUCGCGUCUGUUCUGGAGAUUCGUAAAUUGCUGUUUCGGAUGGAUCACGUGCGCAUUUUUAUUUUACGGCAUCACCCUUAAUUCAGUCAGUCUUUACGGCAAUAAGUACUUAGACUUCAUACUGAUAUCGUUGACAGAGCUGCCCGCAUAUUGGAGUUGCAAUUUUUUGGUGAACACGUUGGGACGACGGACCUCCAUUUGCGCCUCCUAUUUUAUCACGUUUGCUGCCUGCGUUUCCUUCAUAUUCACCCCACAAACUUCCUCAGGAAUAUACCUAUUCAUUUAUUGUUUGGGAAAGUUUGGGGCGACGGCAGCCUUCUAUAUUAUCUACGUCAUAACCAGCGAAUCUUUCCCAACACCUUUCAGGCAUUCUGUGAUGGGAUUAUGUUCUACAGUGGGCAGAUUUGGUUCGAUGACUAGUCCCCAGAUUCCCUUAUUGGGCCAAUUUUGGGGACCCCUUCCCAUGAUUUUGUUCGCAAUAAUGUCAGGAUUGGCUGGACUCUUAUCGCUUUUCCUGCCCGAAACUAACGGGAUUAAACUGCCAGAUACGAUCCAGGAGGCGGAAAAAAUUAAGUAAUAUUUUUGAUUAUGAAAUAAGUAUAUUCUACGUUGAAGAGGGUAGAGGCUUUAUGAAACAAUGGCGAAGAUAAAAUUUGGAAAAAUAUCGAAAAUUUAGGAAAACACAAAAAGUCUUGUCAUUUUUAUGGUGAAUCGAGAUUUCAAUCUGAGAUCACAGAAAAAUUGAAAAUGACACAUGUAUAAUCAAGAAAUGCAGACAAGUGUUGGUUUUAUUUUCCUUUCCUGUAGAGAUUUUUUCCAAAUGGAAAAGUUACCAAUGGUUAGUUGUGGUUUAUGGUAAGUUGAUGGUUUAUUAGUUUAUAUAGUUUGAGUUAUGGAUUCAUUGAGUAUGAAAUCAGCCACCUGUUUCAAUAUAUGUUUCGAACAUGUUUUACGAUUCAGUUACGUAUUAGUUAUGAUCAAGUUGGGAAAUUUAAACUUAACUUCAGUUUGGAUCAGGUAAUCAGUUCGUAUCCAUCUUUAUUCAAUACAUACAUACAUUGAAUUAAUUAAACUCUUAUCACAAAAUAUAGUUUCCAUACAUCAGAACAAUUAUUACAUUACUACUAAAAUAUAUAUCAUUUGUGAACUUAUAGUCACCGAAUUAUUUUCGAACUCAACUAGUGACGCUAUGGGGAUUUCGAAGAAGUGAUUUGACAUGUGAUAAUAAUCGUAUAACAGCAAAAUAUAUAUAAAAACAUUUCAGUUGGGUUUUGAAGACAAUUAUUUCAUCACAGAUACGUUACUAUUACAUAA